UGUUUCAUAUUUAAACGGAUUGUAUUUUUUUUUUUAUUUAUAGGAGAGCGGCCAACAGCCUUUGAGAUUAUCGUUCAGGUUUAAAAAAGUAUAUUAUUAAUCUCGCCAAAAGAAAAAACCAAGCCCCGUACCGUUGAAUUUCGGCCCAUUUUGUACAACUAUCUAAUAGGUAUCUUGAAUCCAACCGUUAAUUAAAUAUUAAGUAGCUUUAGCGACUACGAUAAUGCUACUCAUUAUCGUAAUCGAUAUGCCGAAGAUAGUGCUUGAACACGCGAAUUUUAUAUCUCGUAUGUUUUUUCGCAGGGAAAAACACGUACGCCGCUAUCACGAGCAUAAAUAAGAUGCCGGCGCAAUCCGAUCCUUUUUCAAAUUAGACCGACGAUUCUUCCCUCUCUCUCUCCCCUCGUCGAGGACUUAAACUUCGGGCUAAAUUUAACUCGCAGGCACGUAAAGCACGUCCCUACACACGGCGAUCGAUUGUCUUUUGUCUCGAAUUGCCGUUCGAAGACUCUUAACCAUUUGCACGAAACUUCUAUCCUUCGUUAUUGAUCGGAUAAUUAUUACCCGCAAAGUUGCUAUGCCAUUUCCUAGUUAUUAGACUCGAGUUAUUCUACAAUGUAUAUUUCCGCAGGCGCGAUACGACGUACGGAGAAAAGGAGAGAGGAGAAAGAAGAAGAUGACGAUGACGACGAAGAGUAAGAAAAAAGGACCGAUGAUGACUCAUGGCUGAUGAGAAAUAAAUUACACGCGAAAGAAGAGAGUGGAGAAUAUACAACCUAAGCUAUCUUGAGUAUAAAUUACGUUCUCAUAGCAACUGGCGGCGGGGAAGGUCAAGUGCAGGGGUGAAAUCGUAGACGCAAGGGUGAACGAGGUUGCGACGUUGGAUGUAUGUUACACUGCGAUGCGACAAUUUUUUUAAUAUGUAAACAUUUAAAUAUUUAGCCGCGCGGCGGAGGCCACGUACGUGAUAGACAAACGUGUGCAAAUGCCGGACGUUCGCGGAAUACGUACACGUCGUCGCUUCUGUCUUCCGGUAGCGAUUGUCGAUCGAUCGCUUGCAUCGAAAGUGAAGGAAAAAAGAAAGAAAGAAAAACAGGGGGGUUUCAGAUAGCGUGAACUGCGCCUGUAUCUAUAUCUGCCUUAUCUGACUACCGGUGUAUCGUCGUGGCCUCCGCUUAAUUUCGCUCACGCGAUAGGCGUACGCAUACGUAUCGAUAAGUGUAAUUUCAUGUGCGUUUCUCGCGACGAGGAAAAAAAAGGAGGGAGAGAAUCCCCCCUUUUUUUUCCUCUCUUUUGUCUCCCUCUCUCCUUCACGCAACCAUUCUUAUUUUAUAAGCUAAGCCGACGGUACGUUGUACUAUAUAUCUUUCAUUAUGCAAUUUAUAUUGUAUUCGCGAUCGCGAGGGAGAGAAUUCGUGUAUCCUCGUGUAUUCCGAACGGACGGCAAUUUCUAUCGAUUCCCAUCGGUUAACGGGCGCCGCGGGCCGUGCCGGCUAUUCGUGCCUCGCUCGAGCGGUGCCAGCGGUCCUCGUCUGCGGCUCUCAUCCGCGAGAUUAUUGCCCGUUUAUCGCCGUCCGUCUGCGAUAGGCGUGAAACGCGAGCCCCGGUAACACGAUCGGCCACCUGUAAGCCCCGUGCAUAAUUUCGCCUAUCGAACAAACAAAGGAACGGUUGCUCGUUGGCAAACAGUUAACGACGUUCGCUCGGCACGGUUGCCCGCGUUCCUAUCGGGUUACCCCGGGCCUUUUUCUCACCUUUCGCCGCCGGUGUCAAGGUGCCGACCGGCACGAUUCCGGAGGGAAGCGGUAGCGCGCGAUGAAAGAACGUGAUUCCACAAGCGAGAUCCCGCGACCGUUGUUCGGCUGACGUUUCUUCUCCUCACGAAUUCCGGCCACGUACGUACGUCAUGUCGACCAAGACCGUGGCACGGAGGACGAGAUCCAGCAACCUCGAGUACCGCGGCGACUCCAGAUUUCCACCGGGCGUGUACACGAUCCACCUGCCGUCGGCGUGCGAUCGUACUCUCGGCGACAGGCCGAUUCAUCUGAAAAGGAGUAGCGCGUACGAGGGGAAAGAGGUCGGCAGGAUAAGGGAUAAGAGCGGCACGAGGAAAUAUCUGAUUCCCUCGAAGGAACCCACGGUCUAUCCGAAGAUCAUGACGAGGAAGGAGUACGAGGACCUGAAAGAACGCAGCCGCGUGAUCACAAGGGAGGAGAGACGAACGGCUGCGGAGACCACGGAGAAGGAGAGGGAGAGGCUGACGAAGGAGAGCGUGGCGCGGAAAGAGGCAGUCCGCAUGAUGGACAUGAAGAAGAGUCGCGAGAAGGAUCCGAGAACGAGGGAGAUCGAGGAGGAGGCGAGGAGGAGGACGAUGCACAUCCUCGAGCGGGCGUACAAUAUGCGUCUGGAGCAGGAGGAAGAGAUACAGAGGUGCAAUCGGCUGAUCCUGGAGACCAAGUGCCGAGCUAUCCGCGACGCCCAAAUCGCGGAGAAGAAGCUGAUGGAACGGGAGCUUCUCGAGGAGGAGAAACGACUGAACGAGAUGAUGGAAGACGAGAGGAGGUGGGCGAUCAAGGAGGAGUCGCGAAAGGAGCAGGAGGAGGCGGCCAAGAGGCUGCGAUUCGCCAAGAUCCUGAAGGAUCAGAUCGUGGAGAACGAGGAGCAACGGAUCCUCGAGUUCGAGAGGAAGCAGGAGGAAAGCCGGCUCAUCAACUUGAAUAACAUCGCGUGGCAGCAAGACGAAAUCGAGAAGCUGCGCAGUAAAGAGGCUGAAAAUACUAGGGUGCGGCGGGAACUUGCGGAAGGAAACGAACAAUUGAAACAUUUCAAGGCUAUGGAACAGGAGGAGAACAGAAUUAUAGACCUAAGGAUACAAAACUAUCAUCGAAUGAAAGAAGAGAGAGAGGCCAAAAAGAUGAAAGAGCAGAGAUUAGAGAGAUUGAAGAGGGAACGAGAAAAAACCAGAGUGGCGAUGCGAACGGUACAAGCGCACGAUCUUCAGGAGCAAAUUGACGAGAUCAAUGCGGCUCGAGUUCAGGAAGAGGUAGAACGGGAAUGGAGACGAAAAGAGAAGGAAGAAGCUUUAAAGAAACUGGAGGCUCAAAAGAUUCUUCAGAGAGAAAGGGAGGAACAAGUAAACAAUAAGCGGAUAAUGCAAGCGAUUGAGAUCGAGCGAGACAGGCGGGAAUUCGAGAGGAUUGCACGUGUGCAACAAACAGCUUAUUGCAAAGAAAAAAGGGAACUCGAGCAAAAGCAACAACAAGCUAUAAUUCAUCGCAGUGAAAUAUUAAAACAGGUAAAUGAAAAGGAACGAGAACGCAUUGUUGAGCGGCAGAAGAUGUUCGAAGAAGGCUUGGCAAUACGCGCUAAAACUGCGACGCGUAAGAAGAAAUUGCAAGAUGCAAUGGAACGAAAGUGCCAAGAAAUGAGAGAGAACAAAGUCCCUGACAUUUAUAUUAACGAAGUGAAACGCAUGAUCGAAACUAUUCAAUGAAUUAUUUCAUCGAGCUGAGAAAUAAAAAUAAUUAAUCGGGUUUUGAAGAUGACACCA